AUGAUACGUUCGAGGAUAUUUAGUAGCCUGACAGAGUAUCGCAAGCUCAUCAGUGUGAUAACGCCAACGCGUGCACUGCACAGUCGACCAAUCAAGCCGAAGUUGGCAAUGGACUUUUCCACGGAGCAGACUGAGCGCAAGGGCUCCAUACAUCAUGAUACUCAUGCAACGCCACCAGAAUUCAUUCAGAAAGAGCACUGGCGGUACCAGAGUAUGAGAAAAGCUGAACUGGAGAGCGAUCCUAACAUCUUCGAUCUGAGCAAACGCCAUGAAUUUAGCCCAGAGGAAAGGGAUAUAUGGCGUCCUGCUGGCACCAUACCUGCAUUGCGCAUCGAGGCUGCAUGCCAAGCUUACGCAGGAGGACGACCGUUAUCUGCGACUUCAGCCGAUGCAGCGAUAUUUGAGCAUCGAGACUUCCCUGGCCUGCAGGUUGUGCCGCAGCUUUUGCCUCCAGAGACUCAGGUCCUAUUUACCUCUUGUCUUAUGCACCGAGACUUAGCAGACCCAAGCCACAAGAUCAAUUUGCAGGCAGACUACGACAUCCGGUAUCCCCCAGAACCGUCCUCGGAACCAGUGCGAUUUGACAGCAGUUUUUUCCUGCGUGACAGAUCUGCAGCAGAAGACGUUCUGACGCCAAAAGUGCCGGGCAAACAGAAACCCCUCAACAACGAGCAGUUUUUGUACACUAAACUCCGGUGGCUCACGCUUGGAGAACAGUAUGACUGGCCAACACGAAGCUACGCAAAGCACGCAACACCUUUUCCAGGCGACCUGUCGAAGCUCGUCACGGGCCUGUUCCCUCACAUCCAACCUGAGUCCGGAGUGGUGCUCGUGUAUGGCGCGAAAGACUUCAUGCCUGUCCAUCGUGACGUGAGCGAGCAAUGCCAACGCGCACUGGCUAGCUUUAGUGUCGGUUGUGACGGUAUUUUUAUUAUGGCCAGAGGGGAAGAUGACGGAGAAGAAGAAAACGCGCCUCGGACCGUUGCAAUCAGGGUACGAAGCGGUGACUGCGUACACCUCACUGGCAAUGCUAGGUGGGCCUGGCAUGCAAUGGCCAGGACCUUACCAAGCACUUGUCCUUCGUACCUGGCCAAUUGGCCUAUGGGAACGCCUGGAGCGACGCCGGCAGAGGAAAAAGCUUUCAAGAAAUGGAGAGGUUACAUGGGUACGAAACGCAUCAACGUCAGCUGUCGCCAGGUCUGGGAUUGA